AUGAUGUCAAAAGCGUGCCGCCGCUUCGCUGUCAUUGGUGCAGGGCCAGCGGGUCUAGCUGCUGCCCAACAGCUUCGUGCUGUGGCUGGCAAUGCGCCCGUUGACAUUGUUGUGUUUGAGCGUCAAUCGACGAUCGGUGGCUUAUGGACAUACGAACCUGAUCCUGGGCCGUGCAUACUGCGUGUUCCUGCAUUUCCACGACCAGGAGAUGCAGGCUAUGCAUCAUCGAACCCACACGAAUUACAAUGCCCGCGUGCGAUGUAUGAAGAUCUUCGUACGAACAUUCCGUCGGUGCGUAUGUGA